AUGGUGCACUGUGCCGGCUGCAAAAGGCCCAUUCUGGACCGGUUUCUGUUGAACGUGCUGGACAGGGCCUGGCAUGUGAAGUGCGUACAGUGUUGUGAAUGUAAAUGCAACCUGACGGAGAAAUGCUUCUCCCGGGAGGGCAAGCUCUACUGCAAGAACGACUUCUUUCGGUGUUUCGGUACCAAAUGCGCCGGGUGCGCGCAGGGCAUCUCCCCCAGUGACCUGGUGCGGAGGGCACGAAGCAAGGUGUUCCACCUGAACUGUUUCACCUGUAUGAUGUGUAACAAGCAGCUGUCCACUGGGGAGGAGCUCUACAUUAUAGACGAGAAUAAAUUCGUCUGUAAAGAAGAUUACCUAAGUAACAGCAGCGCCGCCAAAGAGAACAGCCUGCACUCAGCCACGACAGGCAGUGAUCCCAGUUUGUCCCCGGACUCUCAAGACCCAUCCCAGGACGACGCCAAGGACUCCGAAAGCGCCAAUGUGUCAGACAAAGAGACCGGUAGCAACGAGAAUGAUGACCAGAACCUGGGCGCGAAGCGGAGGGGACCGCGCACCACUAUCAAGGCCAAGCAGCUGGAGACACUUAAGGCUGCCUUCGCUGCCACUCCUAAGCCCACUCGUCACAUUCGGGAGCAGCUGGCACAGGAGACCGGCCUCAAUAUGCGGGUCAUCCAGGUCUGGUUCCAGAACAGACGCUCCAAGGAGCGGCGAAUGAAACAGCUGAGCGCUCUGGGUGCCCGGCGCCACGCCUUCUUCCGCAGCCCACGCAGGAUGCGGCCGCUAGUGGACCGGCUGGAGCCCGGGGAGCUCAUUCCCAACGGACCCUUCUCCUUCUACGGAGAUUACCAGAGCGAGUACUACGGCCCCGGCGGCAACUACGACUUCUUCCCCCAAGGCCCUCCUUCGUCACAGGCGCAGACCCCAGUGGACCUGCCCUUCGUGCCAUCGUCCGGUCCGUCGGGGACUCCCUUGGGGGGUUUGGAUCACCCCCUGCCCGGCCACCACCCGUCCAGCGAGGCACAGCGCUUCACUGACAUCCUGGCUCAUCCGCCUGGAGACUCCCCGAGCCCGGAGCCCAAUCUCCCGGGACCCCUGCACUCCAUGUCGGCCGAGGUCUUCGGACCCAGCCCGCCCUUCUCUUCGCUGUCAGUCAACGGAGGGGCGAGUUACGGGAACCAUCUCUCCCACCCCCCUGAAAUGAAUGAGGCGGCGGUAUGGUAGCUGGGACCCCUCCCGUGCCAAGCUGCCUGCCGCCUCUGGACUUUCGUGGUUGUACAGAAAAGAGUCGUUAUUUAAAAACACACACACACAAUAACAAAACAAACAAAAAAAUCACAAAAACAGAUCAGUCCCCAAAACAGCUUCCUCCCUUCCCGCCCGAGAGACCGUCCUCCUCCUUGGGGUGUGGUAGGAAGGGAAGGGAAGACUGGGGGUGACUGCGAAUUGAGAUCCAAAUGCACCCGGAGGCGGGAUGGGAGUCCCAGCCCGGGAGACGACUUGCAGAACUUGGGGAGAGCGAACCAGACUAAGGCGCAAACUCAAAAAUAACCCUCAAUCCGCGUAAAAACUCAAGGAGCCGAGCCUCUGCCGGCAAUCCAGUGAGCUCGCGGAAGGUCGAGCCGAGCUGCAAGGACUAGCCCAGCUCCGGGCAGCUCCCGGGAAGCGAUGAGGGUGACGACGAUCGGCCGGUCCAACCGGCGCCCAGGAUGCACAGAGUGGGGAGGAAAGACUCCGGCACAAGUCGAGAACCAAACUCGUUGCGGAGAUCAGAGGCAGCAAAGCGAAUCCGAGUCAGGGAAAGGGAAAAGGCCGGCCUUGGAGCAUUCAUUCCUGGGCUAGGAUGAACGAAGCUUCUAGUUCUAGGAAACCCUGGAUUAGUUUUUGUCUUUCAAAGUUUACUAACAGCGACAAACAACAAACUCUUAGCUUCAGAAACAUCGACCUGCUGUGCAUCAGGUGGGACAUUUUUUUUGUCUGUCUGUCUAUCCGGUUCUUUUCGGCCAAAAUAACAGAAAUACGAAAAGCCCUCCGCAUCAACUCUACCUUCAAAAGCUACA